AUCAACGGCGUGUUUAUCGUUUCAACUUUCUUAUUACGAAACAUAGCUCACUUUUGCUAGAAUAAAUACGGCAUGGAAAGUUAUGGCUAAAGUACCGCUUGUACACCACCCCGCCGUGUUUAUACCUCUAUGUGGUACCGUUAUGCCGUACUACGUGAUAUUACACGUCAGCAAAUUGUUGAACCUGUUGACCGAACCGAGCACAAAUAUUUCAGGCAUUCAAGGCAUUCGACGAUGGUUAAUUGAGGUUAGAUUCGUAUGUAUAGACGUGAUCGCUGCGUAGUGAGUGACCGUAUCCAGUCAAUUGCGAGCCAAGAAUAAGUACGGGAUAUACUUGAUUUGCCUGAGUGAUUGUUUACCCGAAUAAAAUGGAAAAUCUUUUGGAAGAAUUAGCUGUAAAACUAUUCGAAUCCGAAGCUGUGAAGUUUGGCACCUUCAUUAUGAAAACCGGUCUACAGACACCCGUUUACUUUGACCUAAGAGCCGUUAUUUCACGUCCACAAUUGAUGAAAUCUAUUUCGAGUUUGCUAUGGACACUCGUAGAGAAAGAGAAACCUAUUUCACAGGUAUGCGGCGUGCCUUAUACGGCCUUGCCAAUUGCCACAUUGAUAUCUGUAGAAGAAAAUAUACCAAUGCUCAUAAGGAGAAAAGAGAGUAAACCUUAUGGAACAAAAAAGUUAAUUGAGGGCCAAUUCAAAUUAGAAGAGAAUUGUAUGAUAAUCGAAGACGUUGUGACAUCUGGAAGCAGUAUACUGGAGACUGCAAAAGAUCUAAUCAACGAAGGAUUGAAGGUCGAAGAAGCUAUUGUUAUUUUAGACCGACAACAGGGUGGUCGUGAGAAUCUGAAAGCAAAGGGCAUCGAAAUGAAGAGUUUAUACACUCUCACGAGUUUAAUGCAGCAUCUAUUAAAUGCAGGCAAAGUGACUUCAGACACCUUUGAAGAGGUCAAGACUUACGUGGAACAAAACCAAGUCGAAUUAAAUAGCAAAGAAUAAAUAGAAGUAAUUGAGAAAUUCGAACUGAUUCAAAUCUAACAAUAAAUAUAUAAAUUUAAAUCGUCAUGUUAUACAGUCAGAACUUACACGGCAUAAUAUAUUUUGAAAUAAUGAAUCACAGUAUGUGUAUAAAGAUAUAAUUUCAACAAUAUUUUUUCUUAUACAUUACAAACAAUGUAACACAGUUGUCUACUCACUAAGUUUGUGACUAUGGUAGAUAAUAUCUGAUUAUAAAUCUGUACAAACUCAGCAAAGUUAAUUCACUGAUGCAACAGCAUGCGGUUUGAGGGUGAAUUUAUGCUGGUAUCGUUAAAAUCAACUUCGCCAAAUGUAAUGAACGACGGAUCAGAGUGACGCUCCUUUCACAAUCAUUCCUUUCUUGUUUAUAUAUUGAUAUAUUAGACAUGAUUUACAAAAAUA